AUGUCCCGGAAGCCGAAGUCAACCCAUCAGGGGUGGCUUGAAAAUGCACAAAGAAUAUGGAGAACACCAGGAAGGGCGCCGCAAAAAAGUCGAAGGAGUCGAAACAUAAUCAGCCAAUGUCGUCGUCUGCCUCACAUAAACUCGUCCACCCGGGGACCACCAAUCAUUUCGACAAGCGGACUCACAACCCAUUGCCGACUCCGUCUUAUCAUCUCAGCCUUGCAUCCCUCCGUUGUCGACUAUUAUAAUACCACCAUGACAAGGUUUAAGACGCCGAGGAAGAGACGUUCCGAACCUUCCAAGCCCUCCUCCCCCGGCCAGCCUCGGCCAACCUGUCCCUAUCCGGCUUUGCAUCUCCUCUCCCCUGCAAACGGCCAGAUACUUCGCCUCCACUCAAAGAGGGAAAGGAGAGAUAGGAGAUGCGAAAAAGAAAGAAAGAAUCAUGACAAGCAAGAAAAAGGGGCUUGCAUCGGUACCGCACAACCGAAAGAGCAGACCACGGUUUUCCCUAUCCCGCAUUUUGUGAUUCCUUGUCAUCUUAAUGCCAUCCCGUUAAGAUCGUCACCCGGCUGA